AUGCAUGUAAAGGAGUAAAAUCCUCUCAAUCUUGCAGGUAUUGAGUGUAUGGGUAACAAGUGCCAAGUCCUGGCUCCUGAGGACUUUGUUCUUCCACUAUUAACCCGUCCACGGCUCAAAGAAAAGUAUCAACAGUAUGCAUUUGCUGAUUACGUGCGCAGUCACCCACAGUUGCGCUUCUGCCCUGGACCUAACUGUAAUAUUGUAGUGCAAGCCAAGGAGAGCCGGGCAAAGCGCGUGAAGUGUACGUCCUGCAAGACUCAGUUUUGUUAUAAAUGUGGAUCAGACUAUCAUGCCCCAACAGACUGUGAAACCAUCAAGAAAUGGUUGACCAAAUGUGCCGAUGAUAGUGAAACGGCAAAUUACAUCAGUGCACAUACCAAAGAUUGCCCCAAGUGCCACAUCUGUAUUGAAAAGAAUGGUGGAUGCAACCACAUGCAGUGCUAUAAUUGCAAGCAUGACUUCUGCUGGAUGUGUUUAGGCUGCUGGAAAGCACAUGGUUCAGAAUAUUAUGAAUGUUCUCGCUACAAGGAGAACCCCAACAUUGCCCAUGAGUCUGCUCAUGCCCAAGCCAGGGAAGCCCUUAAGAAGUACCUCCAGUACUAG